CUAAUCAUCAGUUCUUUGAAUAAGAAAAUCRCACGAACCAACAACAGACGGCAGACCAUAAAAUCAGACAAGGAUGGCUGGUCGACAAAAAAUAUCCAUGGUGAUAUUGAUGAUAUUCAUAGUAAUCGUCCAUCUUUCAGAAAGUUGCUCUCAAAAAGAAUUUCAAUGUACAUCAUCAAAAUGCAUCCCUCUUGUUCUCAAGUGUAAUGGCGACGAUGACUGUGGCGAUUCAAGUGAUGAGAUCAAUUGCACGAAUCGGAAGAAAUGUGAUGAAGGUGAAUUUGAGUGUCUCGAGGGUAUAUGCAUACCAUUGUCGCUGGUAUGCAAUGGAAAAAUGGAAUGUCCACGAGGAUUGGAUGAAAUGAAAUGUGGUACGUCACCAACUGCACCUCCCAUGUCACCAACAAAGAUCAAAGGAGUAUUUCGAACAGCUAAUGGAGCUAGCGUCAUUUCUUUUCCAAUAUUUGAAAGUUCUCCUGCAUUCCGUGUCUACCUUAGAUUCACAGCACUUGAAUGCAUCGGCCAUCUUUUGGAAAUCACAAGUCAGACAACAGAUGAGUUCUUUCUGGUUUCUCUCACUAAUGAUGGCAAUGUUGAUCUUUUCUUCAAGACGUCUCUUGGACCAGGGUUAAUAACUAUACCAGCUCCCCGUGGUUAUAGUUUUUGUAAUGGUAAGAUGUAUCUACUGACAAUCAAGCGAAACUUGGGUAAAAUCGUGUACAGAGUAAACAGGGGAAAAACAGUCAGCACAAAGAACAUGUUUUUAACAGCUCCGUUUACAAGGAUGAAUAAAAUCAAUGUAGGUUUUGGUUUGGAAGGUUGUAUAUCUGGCAUUGAUAUGUUGUACUAUGGCAAUGCAAGAUCACACUCGGUGGGCGUGUCAAAAGGUUGUAUUUUCACAGAUAAAACAACGACACCAACUCGUCCUCCUAAGCUCCAAAUGUCACUCAAAACGAUUAUUACCACUAGCACGCGUAACAGAAUCAGAAAAUCAGAACUUCASUUUACYCCYUUGUCGUCACGUGCUCCUACAACACKUCCGACCRUUACACAACCUGUCACRCAGCAAGAMACRCAAGYAAUUAAAGAAAGCACUGAAACAAACCAUCCAAUCACGCAUGCUACUGAGGUGACGGAGRCKGCAGGAUAUGAAGAURAAAAAUUAACAACUACUUUGGUAAAGACGACGACAAACUUGAAACGAGGUACCMCAACCAAGAAACAGCCAUCUACUCUGUCCGCAACACCCAUAYCGUCAGUAACGUCAUGUCGACCGCUUCCACAAGUUUGUGCAGGCUCUGGACUCAAACAAAAGACAUUUCUAAGUGGUUCUAGCAAGUCUUUAGCUGGUAAACACSAAAUUCAUCGUUUUCUUCCAUUCAUMCGAGCAAAUUGUUCCGCAUUUCUGAGGACUUUCCUUUGCGCUUUUUACUACCCCACUUGUUCUGCGUCCACUGCAAYUCAGCCAUGCCGCGAGUUUUGUUUGAAGACUAAGYAUGAUUGCUCGUCGUUGAUGAAUGCUUUUGAGUUCGAAUGGCCAAAGUCUUUAAACUGUGACUUUCUUCCGAGCAAAACUGAAGAAAAUUGUUUCAUGCCACAAACCCAUAUACCGGAGCUCAACAUCACAAAAGAUUGUGGGGGAAUACUUAGACGUUCGAAAGGACUUAUAACAUCGCCAAAUUACCCUCUUCCUUACCCUCCUGAUAUCACUUGUCAAUGGGCUAUCGUUCUGCCAGGAAUCUAUCGUGUUAUMAAUCUUCUUAUUGAAGAUGCAUCGUUGGAGUCGGACAAACACUGCGGGUAUGAUUAUAUUCUAUUUAAAGAUGGUUUGUCCAAUCAAGUAGGAGAAAAAAUGUGUGGUUUUCUUGAAUAUCCUCGUCUCGUUACAGUUAAAGGGAAUAUUGCGGUGAUUGUCUUUAGAUCUGAUUCAGCUUUAAAUAAGAAAGGGAUACUUAUCAAGUACGAAGCUCAUUUUCACAAUAAAUUCAAAAAAAUACUUUUUUAA